UACAACAAAAGGGAAUGUUAUUUGACAAGUCGGCUGAUCAACAAAAAAUCUAAAUUUUUCUGAUUGUGUUCAUCCCAGAAAACUUUGUGCGAAAAAUGGCCCUGUACGACGAUUUAGACACGAAACAAGGUCCGGACAAAGUAGCUGGCUGGUCGUCAGGUAUUAAACUGCUCCAGUCGCAGCUGCAAGUAAAGAAAGCAACCCAACCAAUCAUUCCCAUCAAAAACACAAUACGGAAACCUGUUCUCACACCGGUAGUAAACCUGAAAGCCAAAAAGGACAACGUUGAUUUAUUUGGAAAUCCAUCCUCCAACUUUUCACCGUCGUUGGAGAGUAAAAACAAACCUGUGACGAUAACUACCAAAACAGUUGUUCCAAGUACAAGCAGUGCUGGCUCUUCCGAUGCCUACAGCUGGGAUGUGAUCGAUGAGUAUGACCCAUUAUGGCCAAAUGAGUACGAAAAAUUGGCGAAAGAAAGAAAACCUAAAGAGCCAGUUGUCAAAGCACCACAAAAUAACUACGGUAGAAACCGGCGCGAAUACAAACGAGGGCUGAAUCUAAACAAGAUGAAUUCCGGUGGCGGACAUGGUGGUGACGGUGGACCCAGUUCUAAGAAAAGUGGCUUCGCUGGUCGACCGGUAUCCGAUGACGAGGAAGAGUUUCAGCCGGGUCAACAGCGACCCAGUGGAGCCGCAAUUGCUCCACCAGCGUCGCUGCAGGAAUCGAUCGCUCAGAUUCCGGAUGGGUCUAAAAUGGCAAAUCUCACCGCUUACGGUGGAAGUUCAGUAGCUGCAAAGAUUAUGGCCAAAUACGGCUUUAAAGACGGCCAAGGUUUGGGCAAACAGGAACAGGGCAUGUCGAUGGCCCUGCAGGUAGAAAAGACCUCGAAACGAGGAGGACGUAUAGUUCACGAGAAGGAUAUUCCAAUGUUUCCACCCGAGACAGCUGUCACUCCUCCACUUCCGGUUAGUGCUCAGGAGACGCCUGCCAAUCCUUCCAGUGAGCCUUCGAUUACGGAAAUCAUGAAAUCACCUAGUAAGGUGGUUCUACUUAGAAAUAUGGUCGGUCCCGGAGAUGUCGAUGACGAAUUGGAGCCGGAGGUUAAAGACGAAUGUAACACCAAGUACGGCGAUGUCGUGACAGUCGUUAUCCACGAAGUACCGAACGUCGUCCCUGAGGAAGCGGUGCGCAUAUUUGUUGAGUUCAAGAGAAUGGAGAGUGCUAUCAAGGCGGUGGUUGACCUUAACGGUCGUUUCUUCGGUGGGAGACAGGUGCGUGCUGGUUUCUACAACCAGGAAAAGUUUGACAACAUGGAGCUUUUGUAAUUUGGCUGGGGAAGAUUUUUCGGAUGUGAGUUUCAUCAGAACGAAUAAAUUCUUUCAGACAAAAAGCGGUAAGCAAAAUUUAUUAUCUUUGAAAAUGUCUUUUACGAUUUGAGUCUUAGAGGCCAUUCUGGUUAGAAAAAUAAUUUUAGAGGUGUGUCGAACUAGAAUCGUUCGUAAAUAUUUUGAAAACAAAUAUUUUUCUAUCCCAAAGAUAAUAUGAGCAAUGUAAAGCGAUGAGUACAACAUCUAAUUUGUGUGAGCAAGGCCUCAUGCAUUUUUCUUUGACUAGAAUGUUUUGCUGGUGCAUUAAAAAACUAAAUACUCUUUUCGUUAGAAUAAUACAAAUUUGACUAGAUAUUCUCCGAUCGGAAUGCUCCGCUCGGACCGUCACCUUCAUCAACGGAGGCAGUUUGUGAUGAGCUAUUGUUUGUAGUUUGUGGCAGUGAAAAAUCAUUGACUGGAACAUUGUUUUUGUAAAUAAUCAUUCCAUCCGUGCGGCUUACCUUUGCGAUUGGUAUUUUACAAUAGAAACAUAGCUUGUUGUUCAUCAAAUGUUGGAUAAUACAAUUUCUGAAAAAUGUUUUGCUUAGAAUCAAAGGGUUUGUGGUACGUAAUAAAACAACUUACUCGCAUGAUUGAUGCUGACAAGGCUCGAAUAUAGCUGAAUUUUGCUUAGCAUAACAUAUAGGACAUAGUGAUUCUUCAGAUAGAACGGUGAUUUCAGAGAGCAAUGUCUGCCUAAGUUGAAGAACCUCAAUGAGACGACGGACUUGGUUCAACUCCUCCUGCGACACAUGAUUUGGAUCUGAAAGAAAAAAACGUCAAUUAAUUACAAAAAAAAAACAAUAAAUAUUUCAUUACAAUCUGCCAUGUUAAAUUUAA